AGAGAGAGAGAGAGAGACGACAGAAUCGGUUGGAGAUUAGAGAAAGAAAAAGAGAAAGCAAAUCGAUGGGUGAGAAGAGAGAAAUACUUGCUCGAGAGUAUGACCUGGAUGCCAAAUGGGAUGCCUCCCUUGAUCUCACCGUUCGCCGCUUCGUCUACUCUUCCUUUGCCGGUGCAUUUGCCGGUCUCCUCUUAUUCAGGAGUCCCCAGACUCGCUGGGCAUCUAUUGCUUUUGGUGCUGGAGUUGGAAUAGGAUCUGCUUACACAGAAUGUUCUCGUUUGUUUGAUGGAUCUCCAGCAAAGCUAGCGCAACCUAAGGGCUCAGAGGCUCCUGCUCAGAUUCUCACACAGGAUUCUGAAUAGAUGCUUUUGAUGGAUCCUGGUUCCUGGACAGUAAAGCCGAGUAUUCUUGUGACUAUUGAUGCUUCUUUUACUCAGUUAUAGCUAUAUUGACAAUGUUGCACUCCAUGAUCAUAAAUUAACAUCACGCAUGGAAAAUCAUUUCCAAGCUGUUAUCCUUUUGUUCUCCUGUAAUGCUGCGCUAUGUUUGUGUGGUGAAUGAUAUAAAAGAUCAAAAAAGCUUUCUUCA